UUGACCUCAUGAUCCACCUGCCUCGGCCUCCCAAAGUGCUGGUAUUAUAGGCGUGAGCCACCGCGCCCGGCCCCAAAAAAUUUUUAAAAAUUCACUGGGUGUGGUGGUACUCACCUAGAGUCCCAGCUACUUGGGAGGCUGAUGUGGAGGACCCCUUGAGCCCAGGAGUUUGGGCUGCAUGAGCUGUGAUCCCACCUCUGCACUCCAGCUUGCCUGUGGGAGCAACAGCAUUUCCAAAAAAGAAAAACAAAAAAAAACCGAAACCAAGUAAUAAUGACAAGUUGUGAGCAGUGUUUAUUGGGUGCUUACUGUGUGCUGGGCAGUGCUCUCUGAACUUGGUAUUAACUAUUUUAGGGUUUACAAUAACCCCGUAUGGUACUGUUGUCAUCCGCAUUUGAGACAUGAGAGAAUGGAAGCAGAGAAAGAUUUAUCCGUUUACCCAAAGUCACAGGGCUGGGAACUGGAAGAGCUGGGAUUUGAGUUGGGUGUGUCUGUCUUUUUACCAUAAACAAUUGGCAUCAUCAGUCAGAAUCUUUUCUUUUUUUUGAGAUGAAGUCUUGCUCUGUUGCCCAGGCGUCAUCUUGGCUCACUGCAACGUCUGCCUCUGCCUCCAGGGUUCAAGAGAUUCUCCCUCCUCAGCCUCCUGAGUAGCUGGGAUUACAGGUGCACACCACCACGCCCGGCUGAUUUUAGGCUGGUCUCAAACUCCUGACCUCAUGAUCCGCCCACCUCACCCUCCCAAAGUGCUGGGAUUACAUGCAUGAGCCACUGUGCCCCACCUUUUUUUUUUUUUUUUUGAGAUGGUAUAUCACUCUGUCACCCAAGCUGGAGGUCAGUGGCUCAAUCUUGGCCCACUGCAGCCUCAGCCUCCCAAGUGACUGGGAUUACAGGUGCCUGCCACCACGCCUGGCUACUUUUUGUAUUUUUGGUAGAGACAGGGUUUCCCCAUGUUGCCCAGGCUGGUCUCGAACGCUUCACCUCAGGUGAUCUGCCUACUAGGCCUCCCAGAGUGCUGGGAUUACAGGUGUGAGCCACCGCUUUGGCCUUUCAGUCAGAAUCUAUUUUGGCUCUAAGAGACAGAAACCUCCUGCCAAUAACAGCGGUGGGAAUACCGUAUUUCUCUGUGAGCCUCAGGGCUCAGGCGGAGUCCCCUGCAAUCCUGUCACUGCCAUCCUCCUGCAUGGCUUUUAUGUCACAGCCCAUGGUGGCUGCUGCAGCCCCAGCCUUUACACCUGCAUCCCAUGUAGCAACAUGUGAGAACGGCUGGAGAGGGGCAGCCUCUCUACCUUUAAUGACAAGUCUUGGCUGGGCACAGUGUCUCCUGCCUAUAAUCCCAGCACCUUGGGAGCCUGAGGCAAGUGGAUCACGAGGUCAGGAGUUGGAGACCAGCCUGGCCAAGAUGGUGAAACCCCGUCUCUACUAAAAAUACAAAAAUUAACUGGGCAUAGUGGUGGGGGCCUAUAAUCUCAGCUACUUGCGAGGCUGAGGCAGAGAAUUGCUUGAACUUGGGAAAUGGAGGUUGCAGUGAGCCAAGAUCGCACCACUACACCCCAGCCUGGGGUGACAGAGCAAGACUCUGUCUCAAAAAAAAAGACAAGUCUCAGAAGUCUUUCUUUUCUUUUUUUCAUAUAUACGCACACACCUAUACACAUACAUACAUAUAUACACGCACAUGUACACAUACACACAUAUACACGCACAUGUACACAUACACACACACACACACACACACACGUAUAUGUAUGUUACGUUCAGUGGAGAUUGGUUCUCACUGCAGUGAGCCUGGCCUAAUGUGGUCCUUCUGCUUCAGCCUUCCAAAGUGCUGGGAUUACAGAUGUGAGCUACCACGCCUGGCCCAUUACUAUUAUUUUCAGAUAGUUCUGAUUCAGACUCUGCUUCUCCGUUUUCUUGCCUAUAAAUCAGGGAGAACACCCACUUCCUGGGGCGGAUGGAGGGCUGAUGAGUUGGGUAUGUCAGUGAAGUCAGGAGCUCAGAGCUGCUCAGAUCUUCCUGGUCUUCUCAAGCCCAGGGUCUCAGAACACAGUCACAUGACCGGGUCUGUCUGCAGGGGAGGCUGGGAAAUUACGUGACAAACAAAAAUGAGGCACCCCAUUCAGGAAGGAGGAGGCGUGAUGUCGGAUGGCCCCGAUUCCUCCUGUGUCCUGGGUGUUCCCUGGAAGACUGGGGAGGCGCUGGCAUUGGGUGACCGCCUCUGACUCUGUGACCCACCCAGAGUCGUCAGGUGGAAUGCUAUGGAAUAUGAUGAGAAGCUGGCCCGCUUCCGGCAGGCCCACCUCAACCCCUUCAACAAGCAGUCGGGACCAAGACAGCAUGAGCAGCGCCCUGGAGAGGAGGCCCCGGACGCCACACCUGAAGAGGCCCUGCCGGAGCUGCCCCCUGCAGAGCCAGAGUUCCGCUGCACUGAGCGCGUGAUGGAUCUGGGCCUGUCUGAGGACCACUUCUCCCGCCCUGUGGGUCUGUUCCUGGCCUCUGAUGUCCAGCAGCUGCAGCAGGCGAUCGAGGAGUGCAAGCAGGUGAUCCUGGAGCUGCCCGAGCAGUCGGAGAAGCAGAAGGAUGCUGUGGUGCGGCUCAUCCACCUCCGGCUGAAGCUCCAGGAGCUGAAGGACCCCAACGAGGAUGAGCCAAACAUCAGAGUGCUCCUGGAGCACCGCUUCUACAAGGAGAAGAGCAAGAGCGUCAAGCAGACCUGUGACAAAUGCAACACCAUCAUCUGGGGGCUCAUUCAGACCUGGUACACCUGCACAGGGUGUUAUUACCGCUGUCACAGCAAGUGCUUGAACCUCAUCUCCAAGCCCUGUGUGAGCUCCAAAGUCAGCCACCAAGCCGAAUACGAACUGAACAUCUGCCCUGAGACCGGGCUGGACAGCCAGGAUUACCGCUGUGCCGAGUGCCGGGUGCCCAUCUCUCUGCGAGGUGUGCCCAGCGAGGCCAGGCAGUGUGACUACACUGGCCAGUACUACUGCCACCACUGCCACUGGAACGACCUGGCCGUCAUCCCCGCACGCGUGGUGCACAACUGGGACUUCGAGCCUCGAAAGGUAUCCCGCUGCAGCAUGCGCUACCUGGCGCUGAUGGUGUCUCGGCCUGUGCUCAGGCUUCGUGAGAUCAACCCUCUGCUGUUCAACUACGUGGAGGAGCUGGUGGAGAUUCGAAAGCUGCGCCAGGACAUCUUGCUCAUGAAGCCGUACUUCCUCACCUGCAGGGAGGCCAUGGAGGCUCGUCUGCUGCUGCAGCUCCAGGAUCGGCAGCAUUUUGUGGAGAACGACGAGAUGUACUCUGUCCAGGACCUCCUGGAUGUGCAUGCUGGCCGCCUGGGCUGCUCGCUCACCGAGAUCCACACACUCUUCGCCAAGCACAUCAAGCUGGACUGCGAGCGGUGCCAGGCCAAGGGCUUUGUGUGUGAGCUCUGCAGAGAGGGCGACGUGCUGUUCCCGUUCGACAGCCACACGUCCGUGUGCACCGACUGCUCCGCCGUCUUCCACAGGGACUGCUACUAUGACAACUCCACCACAUGCCCCAAGUGUGCCCGGCUCAGCCUGAGGAAGCAGUCGCUCUUCCAGGAGCCAGGUGCUGACGUGGAGGCCUAGGGCUAAGGAGGAGUGCCAGGCACCCGCCUGGCCCACCGGGACCUACCCCACCAACGUCAAGUUGUUCGUUCUACUCUGGAGACCCCUGGGGUGCGACCCCAGGACCCAUUCGCCCCAGCGGGGCCAGAGUGGGUGGGCAUUGUCAAGGACUGUGGUCUCCCAUGUGCAUUCGGGGACUCGGGGUGGCCACACCUGGCUGCACUCCUGGGAGGGGUCCUUACGUGGCCCCCACCCUUCCCCAGUGCAGGACUCCCUGGGCAGGGAGUUGGGGGUACAUCUCACCUCCCUCAUGGCACAGAGCCCUCCACACCCCUAGACCAGGACAUCUGGGCCCUAGAGAUUUCACAGCUCCCCUUCUGGCCUUCCUGGAAACUCGUCAGGCCAAGACCCCAAGAGGGCUUCUAAGGAGACGUGAGGACGUGGCUCCACCACCCAGCCCAGGGCCGUUUCCCACGAAGUGGGUUUCCGCUUUGCCUGGAGGCUCCAUCCUUUCCAGCCACGCGCCUUCUUGGGGGCUUCUGGUUGUCCCCAGCUAGGGCUGUUCAUAGCUGUCACCUGUAGACCCGCCUCUACCCGGGGCCUGAGGGUCUAAGGCCCCACUGCGUGGUCAGCCCAGUGGGUCACCUGUUGUUUCUGUAGAACAGCAGGGAAGCGGGCCGUGGAGCUUUUCCCUGCUGGGUGCUCCUGCCUUGGCCCAGCCCACCUUUGCUGGUGCUCUAAGCUAGCAGGCCGUGGGGCCUCCUGAGGAGGAUGUCCUGGCCUCCAGGUGUGGAGCAGGGACUGUGUCUGCAGGAAGUUCCAGGUUAGACAAUGGGAUCCUAUAGUGCUUCCUCGUGGCAUUUCUUGGAACCAAAUCUGCCUGGAGGAGCUGUGUCCUGCUGCCUGUGGAGAGCUCUGGGUGGCUUGGAAACCACCUGCCAGUGGCCUUUUCUUGGGGGCCUGAGGUCAAGAGCUGAGAAUAUUUGCUCAUCUCAGCCCAUUCAGGAAGAUCAGGGGAGAGGGGUGUGGGAGGCCCCUUAUGCCGCAGGACAGAGGCCCCUGGGCAGCUGAGCGCCUGCAGCCCUGGGUGUGGGGUGGGAGGCCCCUUAUGCCACAGGACAGAGGCCCCUGGACAGCUGAGCGCCUGCAGCCCUGGGUGUGGGGUGGGAGGCCCCUUAUGCCACAGGACAGAGGCCCCUGCACAGCAGAGCGCCUGCAGCCCUGGGUGUGGUGGGGAGGCCCCUUAUGCCACAGGACAGAGGCCCCUGCACAGCAGAGCGCCUGCAGCCCUGGGUGUGGGGUGGGAGGCCCCUUAUGCCACAGGACAGAGGCCCCUGCACAGCAGAGCGCCUGCAGCCCUGGGUGUGGUGGGGAGGCCCCUUAUGCCACAGGACAGAGGCCCCUGCACAGCAGAGCGCCUGCAGCCCUGGGUGUGGGGUGGGAGGCCCCUUAUGCCGCAGGACAGAGGCCCCUGGACAGCAGAGCGCCUGCAGCCCUGGGUGUGGGGGGGAGGCCCCUUAUGCCGCAGGACAGAGGCCCCUGGACAGCAGAGCGCCUGCAGCCCUGGGUGUGGGGGGGAGGCCCCUUAUGCCGCAGGACAGAGGCCCCUGGACAGCAGAGCGCCUGCAGCCCUGGGUGUGGGGACACAUGGCUUUGCUGUGUGCACUUAACAGACCCUGUGGUCCAUGAGGGGCCUCGGGAGAGGACAUUUUGGAACAUGGCUUCCCAGCCUUCUGCCCUGGGAAGUGGGGGUGCUCCUGUCUGUCCUUUUUGGGGAGUGGUGGGUGAGGGGUGACAUGGGUCCCACACCCUGGACUGUGCUUGGCUGCUGGUGCACAUGGUGGGCAGAGGGCAGAGAAUAUCACUGCUUGGUAGUUGUUCCCUUUGACCAGGAAGCCCAAGAGAAGACACCUUAGCCGUCAGAAAGGCCACACAGCUCAAGGGCUCAUUCAGUGAGCCUCCUCUGUCCCCUCCGUCAUCAGGAAGGGGUGGUGUCCUCUCCCCACUGUGGUGGCUUCAGGCAAGGUUCUUACUGUCUGCUCUGCCUCGGUUUCCCCAUCUGGAAAAUGGGGGCAGGGGUACUGACCUACCUCAGGAGGAAUGGUGAGCAGGGAACAUGCUGGAGUCCCUUAUAGAGUGUGCUGUGAGGUUGGGUUCCUGUCUGGCUUCCCCUUCCUCCUUGGGGCUGAGGAGGGAGUGAAAGGCCAAAUGCUGUUUCCCGACACCCCUCAGUCUGCACACGCCUCGUGCAUCACGUUUCUGUCAUAUGGUGUCAGCCAUUCUGAAGUACGUGUACUCAGCAUCACAUUAUUCGAGUAACACAUCACUGUGUCCAUAGAAAACUGUGCUGGCGUUUGCUGGACAAAACUCCCACCCAGCAUCUCCCCCACCUGCGCGUUCUGGGUGACACAGUCUCUAAACAGAAUCACGUGUGGGUUUCUCUGAGUCCACAGCACAGCAGGAAGAGCCCAGCAAGGACCCAGUCUGCACCUCCAGCACCUCGCGGAAGGCCACAGCGUGGGACCCAGCUGGCCUGUAACUGCUGCUGUCACUGUCUCAUUAAAUAUGUGUCCUUUA